AUGAAGCCCGUUCUCAUUUUCGUUCACGGCGGGUGGCAUACCCCAGAGUGCUGGACGUAUAUAGUUUCUCUAUUGCGACCGCAGGGUUACGAAUGUGUUACCCCCCAGCUAGACUACAGUGGCACAGCGAAGCCAGUUGAGUCUAUUGCGAGCAGCAUAGAACAAAUCCAGAAACUGCUCAACGUCGCGACGAUGGCAGGACGAGACGUGGUGCUGGUGAAUCACUCGUUUGGUGGUGUAGUGGGCUGCAGUGCUGUGAAAGGCUUCACUCAAAAAAACUCCUCACAGCUGCACGCGGGGUCAGGAAGAGUUAUCGGAAUUAUUCACUUGUCUGCGAUAAUGGUUCCAUCACACUGUUCCGUGGAUGAUCUGGCUUCGCUUUCGCCAGAUCCCUUAUUCCACAACCCCGGCCCGGAUGGCUGGCAAAUUAUCGAUAAUGGGGAUCCGCGCGAUGUUUUCUACAAUGAUUUACCGUUGGCUGAAGGUGAUUACUGGGCUGGCAAGCUUAGAAAACAGUCAUCUGCAGCGUUUGCUGACAGAGAUAAUAUCUACCAGGGCUGGGCUGAUAUACCAGUCUGGUACCUUUACUGUACAGAUGAUCAUGCCCUUCCCGUCAAAGUGCAGGAAGAAAUUGUGUCUGCCGCGAUUAAGCUAGGGGCUGAAAUAACAACCGAAUACAUUGCUUCAGGGCAUAGCCCCUUUCUAAGCAAAGCUGCUGACACGGUGCGCUUCAUCUGCGACGCUAUAAACGCCCUACAACGCAGCGAAACCGAACUCGGCAGUUAA